CAGCGGGAUCCCGCAGGGCGGGAGGGCUGGCGACGGCCGGGCUGCGGCUCCAGCAGCGCGGCGCCCCUCGGGCCGGCUCCUCCGGCGGACACAGACGCGCUGGAGCCAGCCCAGCCCAGGGCAGGGCGGCCGGGCCGCAGCCCCGCCGCGCGGGCGGAGGCGGAGCGAGCCGGGCCUGUAGCGGCGGGCCGAGGCUGAAGCGGGGCUGUUUCUCGCCGGACAUGAGGGAAAACUUUGAGCGUGAGGCCGGUGGGGCGGAGCCGGCUCUGCGCCGGGAAGCGGGGCUGGGGACCUCCCCCGUCCCUCCCUGCCUGCCUCCCUGCCAGCCGGGCGGGACGUCGCAGCGGGGCUGUUAGAGAUUCCAGCGGGGCGCCCGGCGCAGGGCCGGUGGUCGCAGGUGGCGGCGGCAGCUGGCUGGUUCCUGACGCGAGGGACUGCUUGCGGGACGCUUUACCGAAAAAUGCUAAAAGGAUUGUUAAUUAUACAUGACUGGUGACAUCGUAGAGACUAAGCAAUGCCAACUAAAAGAUCCCAUGGAUUUGUUUCAUUCUGGGCAAGUUGUAAAAAUAUGUGCCCCUAUGGUCCGCUAUUCAAAGUUGGCUUUCAGAACCUUGGUUAGGAAGUACGGUUGUGAUUUGUGUUAUACACCAAUGAUAGUGGCAGCUGAUUUUGUGAGAUCUGCGAAAGCUAGAGACAGCGAAUUCACAACAAACAAAGUAGGUGAUCAUCCAUUGAUUGUUCAGUUUGCUGCUAAAGAAGCACAGGUUUUGUGUGAUGCUGCCCAUAUCGUCUGUCCUUUUGCAGAUGGAAUAGACCUAAACUGUGGCUGUCCUCAGAGGUGGGUGAUGACAGAAGGUUAUGGUGCUUGCUUAAUAAAUAAACCAGAGCUUGUUCAAGACAUGGUGAGACAUGUACGGAAUCAGAUCGACAACCCUAGAUUUUCAGUAUCUAUUAAAAUAAGGAUCCAUGAGGACUUAAAAAGAACAAUUGACCUAUGUCAAAAAGCUGAAGCAACUGGAGUUUCAUGGAUUACAGUACAUGGGAGAAGUGUAGAAGAAAGACAUCAGCCUGCACAUUAUGAUGCAAUUAAAAUAAUUAAACAAAGCAUGUCAAUACCUAUUGUGGCUAAUGGAGACAUUAAAACUUUAAAAGAUGCUGAAAAUGUUCAUCACUUGACAGGAGCAGAUGGGAUAAUGGCAGCUAGAGGACUCUUAGCAAAUCCGGCUAUGUUUGCGGGAUACGAAGAGACGCCUUUGAAGUGCAUCCAGGACUGGGUUGACAUUGCUCUUGAGCAUGGAACUCCUUUUACGUGUUUUCACCACCACUUAAUGUACAUGAUGGAACGGCUAACUUCAAAACAAGAAAAAAAGGUUUUUAAUGCUUUAUCGAGUACCUCAGCAGUAUUAGAUUAUCUGAAUGACCAUUAUGGGGUGUGAUAACUGAAAAGUAUUUUAGUUCGAUGUAAACUUGUAUUUUGCAAUUGUCGAUACAUUGUUGAAGUUUUAAUUGGGUUCCUACUUUUUAGUCACAUUCGUACAUCACGUAAGUAUUUUCAACACAGCGUAACAUUACGAUGAGGGUGAUACUUUAUAUUUUUAGUGUUUUUAUGUGUCAGCAUUUUUCACGCCAGAAAAUAUUCCAGAUUCCACAAAUGGGGAAUUCUAUUUACAGUGCACUACUACACAGAGGUUUGAUUAUUGUAAGACUCCAAUUGCUUACAGCAAUAUGUUUGCAAAACUAGGACCCUCCUUACGUGAAACCUCCUAAAAUAGAAAGACUGCUCAUAAAUAAUACCAAGAAUUUCAGACCAAAAAAAUAAAAAAGGGAGCAAUUAUAGAAGUUUUUGCUUUAACUGACAUAAGCUGUACUUUUAAAUUUGAGUAGAUUUUUCAAGCUUAAAGAUAGUGAGGCCUUGAAGCUCAGCAUAGUAUCCUUUUUUAAAUUAGAUGUUCCUUUUACAGACUAAAACUUUCUAAACGUACUUAGAACUCAGAAAAAUUCCCCACUUCACAUAGUGAAAGAAACCUGGAAUAGAUAAACAAUGACAGACAGAAAGAAAGAGUAAAAUGAAGAAAUAGUUUAAAUUAAGUACAAACUUAGCUGAAUAUAAAAUACAAGACUUGGAAGUUCACUCUAAAUCCAGUUUUGUUUAUCUACUGUAUAAUAAUUAUAUAAAAGAUUAAAUCCCUCUCAUCUACCAAAAAAGAACUUUAUAGGUCAAAGAAAAGCUGACAGAUUCUCUCAGUGGGACUCUUGCAGGCCUUUCUGUCUGCUGGCAUGUUGCUUAUCAAAGCAUGACAGCCGCUUGGCUUUGAAUCUUUGUAUAGGAGGGAAAUAGUAGAAAUUAGAACAAGAUAAUAACGCUACACACCAGCUGCAUUUGUUCUGGCAAGGGAAAUUUCACAAAUAUGUGCAGUACAAUUAUUUGUUAUCAAAUAAUUUGUUUUCUUUAUAUGUUUACACAGAAAUCAUUUAGUUUUCUGACUCUGAUACUUCUAUGAAGAUAAAAAUGAAUAGUUCUAAAUUUUCUAAAUAAAUUGCUUGGGUUUGUAUACAAUUGUCAUUUUUUUUUAUUACACUAUAAACUGACAACCUGGGGGAGGGGAGGUUGGUUUUGAUGCUACUCCCAAAAUCUUUUAAUCAUUUAGAUAUCUAAAUUCUCACAAUUCUUCUAAUGCAAUGACAUAAAAGACUUGAUCGUUUUUUCAUUGCGAAUAUGUUCCGAUUUAGGUAUACAAACAAAUGUUUGAAAGGCAUGUCUAUCAAGUCUAGUUCACGACUGAAGACAGCAAAGUUACUUUUCUGAUAUGGUCACCAUCCUGAUGUGUUAACAAAUGGGAAACUGCAGACAUGCUUUGCUAUCCCAGGCCAACUGAGACAGUCUCUACAACCUAUUUUGGUGUGAUAGGGUCUCUGUUCCUUCAGACAACUGGUUUUUUCACUCUUCUGGGUUGUAAUGUUUUCUUGAUGCUGGAUGAUCACAAUUAUGUAGAGCUUUCCAGGUAAAACCCCAGCAAUGUCUUCUGCAGUUAGUACUUCUCUCUUCUCUUUCUAAUGCCUCACUUUUCCUCAACUAAUAUUCAUCAUGUAAUUUAUGAACUCCCAGUUUUACAGCAAAAGCUCUUAUUUCCCAACUACCUGACAUUGUAUUGGUACUGCUGAAUUUCCAGUGUCAAGUUCAUCCAACUAUAGUGCAAUACUCAAUUCUCCUCAGUUCUGAAAAUGCCUCCAGCCUUCUGCACCAAAAAUAAAAACUAUACAACUCAAUGGUAGAAGAAAGGGAUUCUUGAAAGUAUUAACCAUGCCCUGUGUUAGCAUUUUCUUAAGACCUUUAUGAUUUGGCAAGCAACUGUUACUUGCGGUGAACUGUCCCAUUAGCCAAAAGGAGCAGAGAAUAAAAAGUUAUUUAUUAGAAUCGUAUAACACAAAGACUUUUUUUUUUGUUGGUAAUAGUGGGGAAAUAGAAUUUUAGAGGACUUGAAAUACCU